GUUUUUUCUUUUGUGCUUUCCCUCGGGCUACGCCUCGCCUUCUCCGCAGGCCGCACCGCAGCCGCUUCGGGAUCGGGAAGCGGGAGAGGAGGGGAAGGGAGAGGGGCGGGCGAGUCGCAACCCCGGCCGCGCAGCUUCCCGCCCUCUCUCUCUCUCUCCGCCGCCCCCCGCACCCCAUACUACCCCGCGCGCCUCCGCCGCCGCACGAUGAGCUCCGGCGCCGCCUCACCCCCGCCGCCCGCCGCCGACGAGGGGCGGGUGACGGAGUUGGGCGGGAGGGUCACCUCGCACGUGGAUCCCUUCCUCGUCGAGGCGCUCGACAACCCUCGCCACCGCCUCAUGGUUUUGCGUAUGGAAAUGGAUAUACAGAAAUUUAUGCAGAAUCCUCAACUGCAUGAAUUUGAAUUCCAGCAUUUUCCAACUUCUUAUCUCCGGUGUGCUGCUCAUCGUGUUGCGCAACACUAUGGUUUAGAGACUACAGUAGCAGAUAGCUUAGUAGAUGGUUCAGUUAGCAAGAUAGUUGCAAAGAAAACACCUGAAAGCAAAUUUCCAGUUAUUGCAUUGUCAGAAGUUCCCAGUAAACAAACAAGAACUGAGCAUGAAGCUGCAGAGAAGCUUAAGUUUGUUAUUUGUCAAAGGCCUAGGGCUUUCCAAAAUGGUGCAGGUGAUGCUGGUGCUAAAAACGGUGCAGCAAAAACCGUUGAAGAGAGGAUAGAGGAAUAUAAUAAAGCACGAGCACGCAUUUUCAAUGGUUCCAUUUCAGAUAUUGAAGGAACAAGUGAUUUGGGAGCUUUAUCUGUUGUGAGAGAUGAACCAGUUAAUGUUGAGCCUCCCAUUGAUGAGAGCAAGGUCAACACAAUUAACAGCCGUUCCAGGGUUGCUGUUUUUAAGGAUACUGAAAAGGAUCGUACUGAUCCUGACUAUGAUCGCAAUUACAAAAGGUACGUUAGGGGCCCAGUGCACGACUUCAAUGUGAAUCCUGGUGGCUUCAAUUUUGUUGUGCCACAGUUUAUGCAGUAUGGUGUUGGUUUUAUGCAGUCUGCUAAUAUGUCAAGAAACCAACCAUCUAUGUACUUUGGUCAACCUGAUUUAUCCAUGGGCUCCUCUUCUGGAACUGCUGUCUACCAGUGGCCAACCUCAGCAAUGAUAUACCCGCAUUGCUAUGACAAUCUUGGCCAUAUGAUUUCUCAGGUCCCGGUUUACCAGUCCUUCAAUCAUGGUUGAGAGAUCCUACUUGCUGGACUCCAAGUUUGUUAAAACUUGCUAUGUUGUGUUGUCAUAUGCUGAGUCUAUUUGUACUUUUCCAUCGUCGAACUUCCGUGUAGCGUCAAAAGAUAGCUGUAUAAGAAGUCCUAUUUCGAUGAGACGUUAUUGUGCACUGAUUUACAAACGUUCGUACUA